UAUUGCUUUAAUAAAUGCACCUACACGAAUAUAUAAAAGGAAAUACCUUCAUUUCUAAAUUCUCGAACUUGCCAAAGCCACAAACUAACCAACAAAAUUUUAAAAAUAAAAAUAAAAAAUUAACACAUUGCAAUUGCAAAUUUUGCUUCAAAAAAAAAAAAAGAAGAACCCUUAAAUUUCUUUUUUCUUCUGUUGAUUUUUUCUGUAAUUUCCACCUUUUCCCGCUCAAAUUCUGAUACCCAUUUCAAUUCGAAGAAGAAGGUAAUUGACGAAUUCAACAUCUUCUAUAGCAGGAGACUGGAGACGCAGGAAAAGAAGAGAUUAUUCUAUGGAAGGCGGCGUCCAAAGAGGUUUGGAAUGCCAGAAGAUUAUGGAUGGGAAGGUGUAUGACAAUGGUGAAAAGGCAAUCCCUUCAUGUUGCCUCAAGGCGAGAGCCGCAGUUCCUGAAUCUGAUGCCAAGUGCCAUUCAACUGUGGUUUCCGGGUGGUUCACAGAAGCUCGGUCAUCCUCUGGCGAGAAGCAGCUUUAUUACAACAAUCCAAUGUGGCCUGGAGCAGCGCACUCGAUUAAAGUGGAGAAGAUUUUGUUCCAGGAAAAAUCAUUGUACCAAGAAGUCCUUGUCUUUGAGUCAACAAACUAUGGGAAUGUGCUAGUUCUUGAUGGCAUUGUUCAGCUAACUGACAAAGAUGAAUUCGCAUACCAAGAGAUGAUAGUCCAUCUUCCACUUUGUUCUAUAGAAUCCCCCAAAAAUGUUCUUGUAGUAGGUGGUGGUGAUGGUGGAGUUCUCCGUGAGAUAUCUCGCCAUACUUCUGUGGAGCAUAUAGAUAUUUGCGAGAUUGAUGAAAUGGUUAUAGAUGUUUCUAAGAAAUUUUUUCCUGAGUUGGCUCUUGGGUUUGAAGACCCCCGCGUCACUCUUCACGUUGGUGAUGCUGUGGAAUUUUUGAAAAAUUCACCAGAAGGAAAGUAUGAUGCCAUAGUGGUUGAUUCUUCAGAUCCUGUAGGUCCUGCGCAAGAACUAGUUGAGAAACCGUUUUUUGAGACAUUGGCAAGAGCUUUGAGGCCUGGUGGUGUACUUUGUAACAUGGCAGAGAGUAUGUGGCUUCAUACUCAUCUUAUUGAGGAUAUGAUAUCAAUCUGCCGCGAAAUUUUCAAGGGUUCUGUUCAUUAUGCAUGGACUAGUGUGCCAACCUAUCCAAGUGGUGUUAUUGGAUUUAUACUUUGUUCAACAGAGGGCCCACCAGUUGAUUUUUUGAAUCCAAUCAACCCUAUUGAGAAGAUCGAAGGAGCAGUCAAGCAUCGAAGAGAACUCAGAUUUUAUAAUUCGGAGGUUCACACUGCGGCCUUCUCCCUGCCGUCAUUUCUGAAGCGGGAGGUCAGUUCUCUUCGUGAUUCUUCAUCAACCAAGGGGCUCGUUUUUCCUUAAUAGAAAAUGCAGUGCACCUCAAAAUAUUCCUAUGACAAGAUUCAAGUAUUAUUCGAGUAUAUAUGUGUUCUUCGUAUCAUGAUAUAUCGAUGUUUUUAAGAUCACAUGGAUGAUACGUUGUUAGUAGCUAUUUUCUAUUGAUAUCAAGAAGAGGGUUAGAUUCUAUCAAAUUGGAAUCUAUUGAUAAAGAAUUGACAAAGUAGUACUAAGAAUAAGAAGGGCCCCCCUAGUAAGUGUUAAUUUCAUCUAUUUUGAUCAUUUUGUUGUAUAUCCAUCAGUUGAUUGUCAACC